AUGCAUGACUUCAUUAUAGCUGAGGACUCAGAGCUGUGGGAUGUAAUCUGUGAUGGACGUUUUGUUCCCAUGAAAACUAUUGGUGAGGGAACAGUUAUAGUCCCAAAAACAAGAAAAGAGUACAACGAUGCUGAUAGAAGGCUAUUGAGAGAUUUAGGCAAGAGAUUCUUGUUUGUGGCAUCGGACCAGAUGAGUACAACUGCAUCUCAGCUUGUCAGUCUGCUAAUGAGAUUUGGGAAGCUCUUCAAACUGCCCAUUAGGGAACUACUCAGAAACAAGCUGGUUCGGAAAAUACUCAGUGUCUUACCAGGCUUUUGGGAAAGUAAAGUGAAUGAUAUCACUAAAGCCAAGGAUUUGCAGAAGCUGACCAUUGAUGAACUCAUUGGAAAUCUCAAAACUUAUGAGAUGAAGAGAAAGAAGGAUCUUGAAAGAAGAGAGCCCAAGAAGGAGAAGAACUUGGUUCUCAAGGCUGCCAACAAAGACUCAAGUAGUGAUGAAUCCGACAUAGAACACUUUGUCAAAGACUGCCCUCUUCAGGAUCAUCACAAAACCAACACUGAUAAGGCAGCUAAGAGGAACCCGGUCCCUGACAGGAAAUUCAAAAGAAGAGAUGCUACUGACAACAUGGUGAAGCAAGCUUUGGCUGACUGGGGAGAUUCCUCCAAUGAAUCUGAAGGUGAGGAUGACCAAGGAGAUGUAUCUAUGAUGGUUGUUGACAAUGAAUAUGAGUCAAUCUUUGCACUCAUGGCUAAAUCUGAUGAUGACGAGGACAAGGAGGAAGAUGCGAAAAAAUUGAUGUCCUUAGAAAAUGUGUUGAUUGAUGCCUAUCAUAGCCUCAUUAAUGAGAAAAAUGCUUUAAUAGAAGAAAUUGGUGACAUAGAACAAGAGAGGGAUGAUAUGGUAGUUUCCAUUGUAGAUUUAAGGGAACAAGUGGAAGAAGUAACUAGAGAACAAAACUUGUUGAAAAAACAAACAAAAAAAUGGAUGGACAACACUAAGGGUAAAGAAGUGGCUAGUGAGGCUCAACUUGAGCUUGAGAGUGAGCUUAAGAAAGUUAAAACAAGUCUUGUUGGUGAGCUUGAAAAGAAUAGACAACUUCAGGAGGAUUUAAAAGGGGUUAAAAAUGAUCUUGAUAAGUCACUUAAAUGGACCUGGUCCUCUGAUGUAAUAACGUCUAUGUACAGGAGUAAUGGUGGAAACAGGCAAGGCAUCGGGUUCCAAAAGACUAAAACCUCCUAUAAUCCCCAUAGCAAUUAUGUAAUUAUGGCUGAUAAUAGGUUGUGCAAUCACUGUGGUCAAACUGGUCAUUACAAGGACUCUUGUAAAGAUAAAAUUCAGUCUUUGCAGAAAAAUAAAGUUUUUGUUGAAAAGAAGCGUACUGAUGAGGAAUCUGGUUCCCUGAAAAGAAAAUAUGUGCUGCCUGCAUGGGCAAAAAGAAGUUAG